GCCAUGGAGAGGGGUGGUGGGGUCAGAGUUUAUCUAUUUGUUAUUUACAGUAUUCAAACACCCCAUUGCUGCGAGGCAGUGGGAGGGUAAAUGUGAUCCAGCAGUUUGUUGCUGGUAAUUGAUUCCAUAUUAGCCUAGCCUAGCACUGGGAGCACUCGGAGAGAUAUUAGUGCUGCGCUUUCUCCAGCGUGGGCGCAGACACACUGACUGAACCCGACGGGACGAGCCUGAAGUUAACCGAGGGACUGUACUCACUACACCGCGGGAAAAGGACAGGAGCCUGACACAGUAAAAAUGACAGCCAAAAAGCCGCAGAGCAUGCUCCGGGAAGCCUCCCAUCAGAUCAUUGCCGGUGGAUCCGCUGGUCUGGUGGAGAUCUGUUUGAUGCAUCCCCUCGAUGUGGUGAAGACGAGAUUCCAGAUCCAGAGGGGAAACAGUGACCCCACCAGCUACAAGAGCCUGGGUGAUUGCUUCCGGACCGUCUUCCGCAAUGAGGGCAUAUUUGGCUUCUACAAGGGGAUCCUACCUCCGAUUGUGGCAGAGACACCAAAGAGAGCGGUCAAGUUUUUCACCUUUGAGCAAUACAAGAAGUUGCUGAAUUUGACCCCUUUGUCUCCUGGCGUGGCGCUGUCUGCAGCAGGGCUUGGCGCAGGCUUGACUGAAGCUGUUGUCGUCAAUCCAUUCGAAGUGGUGAAAGUCAGUCUCCAGGCCAACCGAGAUUCCUUCAAAGAGCAACCGUCCUCAUUCUCUCAAGCCAGACGCAUCAUUAAAACGGACGGCUUCGGACUGAAAGGUCUGAAUAAAGGAUUAACAUCAACACUGGGACGCCAUGGAGUUUUCAACAUGAUCUACUUUGGCUUCUACUUCAAUGUCAAGGAUGCUAUUCCCACCAACCCGGACCCUACCCUCGAGUUCCUGAGGAAGUUUGCUAUUGGUCUGGUGUCUGGGACCAUCUCCUCCUGUGUGAACAUUCCCUUCGACGUAGCCAAGAGCCGCAUCCAAGGCCCCCAGCCAGUGCCAGGAGAAAUCAAGUACCGCACCUGCUUCCAGACCAUGGCCUUGGUGUACCGGGAGGAAGGGUAUCUGGCACUAUACAAGGGGUUGGUGCCCAAGAUAAUGAGGCUUGGACCAGGUGGAGCAGUGAUGCUAUUGGUCUAUGAGUAUGUAUCUGGAUGGCUACAGAAGAACUGGUAAAAAAAAAAAGAAAGAAAGAAAGGAAACCCACGAGAGUGCCUUAUGGAUUGUGCCUCAAUGCUAAUAUCGUUACCUGACUCCAGUAACGUCAGACCAAAUUAGUUUUUCUUUGUCAGUCAGUUUGUUUACCUUGAAUAUGCAAUACUGCUAUUCAAAAUACCAAAUCAACAUUUCAGUUUAUUCUAGAAAGCAGCUGUCUAAGGAAAAACUCACAUCUUCGUCCAAGUUAGUUUUUUCAGGAAGCUACAAUAAUUGAAAACUCAAAAACACAUUUCUAUAUUAAAAAACAAAAAAACAAAAAACAAAACAAUUGAUUGAAAAGUUUUAAAAGCCCUGAAAACCCAUUUUCUCUAUUGCCUUCUCACUAUUUGCAAUGAGCACAAUAUUUUCUUCCACAUUUAGAAGAGUUUGUGUUUUUCUCUGUGUGCUGUUCUCAUUGGUUUUUAUUGGGGGGGUGAUUGGUUGGAAAAAAAAAUAUGUCACGUACAUCUGUGAACCAAUCAGAGUUAAGCAAUAUUUAAAUCAAAACCUGAAUCUGAACAGUCGAUCUCAUGAAGCAUCAUUAUAUUGAACGUUGAACUUUAACUCUGAUUGUUGCUUUUUUUUUAGUCACGAAUGCUUAAUUUUAUAGAGAAAUUUCUGAUAUUUGAAAUCAGGUUUUCAUGGGCUUUAAUGUUCAAAUGAAAUAAAACACAAAAUGGAGUGAUGGCAUGUUCAUAGGACAAUCACAAAAAGUCUUACAAAAUUAAAAAAACUAGACUCACAAUAGAGUACUUGAGUGUAUAUCAUCAUUAUACAGCUGUUGUUAGCAGAGCCGCAGACCAACCUCAGCAGAGCUCUGCUGGACACUGCGGAUCACCCAUCUCCGUCCAAUUUAACUCGUAUCUUAAAGUAAUCUGCUCAUUAAGGAUCUUUUUUUUUUUAGCAACAGUACACACACUCACUACAGCCGUGGAGUGACGCACACAUGUCUAUACGCACACAUACACACUGUCUGUAUGUAUACGUCUUCGUGUACACCACACAUACGAGAUCGCCAAUACAUACUGUGAUCGCAACCAUAAUACUGAGCCUUACUGUGUAUUUCAAACGAAGCAAUAAGCUACAAUACUGCCUAAUAAUGCUUAAUGAGAGUGUAUGUGUGUAAAAUUAUUUUUUAAACACUGAUGUUGCAGCCUGGUGCAGAACUUUUUUCAAAUAUCUUUUUACACGACUGUUACUUUUAUGUACCUUCUAUAAAUGAGACUAGUAAGAAAUCUUUAUUUCCCAAGCUUUUAUUAGUAAGAAUAUUGUUAAUUUGACAUUUUUUAAUUCUAAAUUUAAAAUGUUAGAAUUUGUGCACAGUCCACUUACAUGUAUUGGUAACAAAUAAAAAGGAAUAAAAUUAAACUCCUCA